AUGGACGCGCGCCAAGCUGACCGCUGCAUUUCCAUCCGCUGUGCAGUUCUACCCGCGAACAGCAUUGACGAUGCAAGAUUCCUCGAGGGUUUGAGGGGAGGCGAGUACCUUGGAUCGGUGAAUGAGGUAUAUCUCGUGUACUAUGCAUUUCUUAGUACCCCCACGGCUAAAGGCAUUGAUAUUGUUUUGGACGAUUCAGAGUUAAGGAGUUUCUAA